UCCGCAGAGAGCGCGCUCAGGUGAACACAGCGAUCGAGAGCUUCACCGCCACCAUCAACAACAGGACGGAGAGCCGGCAUGUUCUAACCAGCACGAGCCACAAUCCACGAGCUUCCCUGGAUUUAAUACAGCAGGACGCAGUUCAGCACAUCACGAAGCACAGGAACACAGAAACCAUGGGAGACUGAAACUGAACAGUGGAGUUGAGAAACAGAGAGGGUUUUUGGGUGAAACCGAGCCGCACCUGCCCCGGGGGCAGAAGAACUGAAGCUCGAGCUGAAACCUGAGAAUUCUCUGGACCUGCAGUAAUGCCGCAAGACGAUCGCAUGGCCAUCCUGGCGGAUGAAGAAGAGGAAGAGCAGAAAAAGAGCGAUGCUCUAUCUGCACGUUUUAACCGCCUCUCACUGGAGGUCCAGGAUGAUACCGCAACUACAGCCACUUCUAAUCCCGGUGACCUCGAUCCACCAACACUGACCCCGAUGUCACAGCAUGAACUAAAUUGCUGUGAGCGCUUGUUUCUCCGGGUCAACCGGCACCUCCUCGUCUCUAAAGUGUUCUACUUCUUCUUCUACGCUGCUUACGGCUCGCUACACCCACUGCUGGCUGUUUAUUAUAAGCAGCUGGGGAUGAACCCCAGCUACAGUGGAUUGCUGGUGGGCAUCAGAUACUUUAUCGAGUUCUGCAGUGCCCCGUUUUGGGGUGUGGUGGCAGACCGCUACAGGAAGGGGAAAUAUGUGUUGCUGUUCUCUGUUUUCUGCUGGUUGAUGUUUAACUGUGGGAUUGGCUUUGUGAAACCAGCAGCUAUGAGCUGUACAUUACAGAACCCAACCACAAGUAUCACUUUAAACCCAACUAUAGCUUCCACCAAUGGGACUCAAGCUUCAACGAUAGCCUUCACCAAUGUGACUCAAGCUCCAACGAUAGCUUUUACCAAUGUGACUCAAGCUCCAAAGAUAACUUUCACCAAUGGGACUCAAGCUCCAACUGUUGCUUUCACCAAUGGGACAUUCUCUCCGAUGAUAGCUUCCACCAAUGAGACUUUAGCUCCGGUUACAGCUUCCACCAAUAGGACUUUAGCUCCGGCUCCAGCUUCCACCUAUGGCACGUUAUCUCCAGCUGUACCUUUCACCAAUGGGACUGCAGCUCCAACUGUUCCCUCCAGCAUUAGCACUUUGAGCCCAGUUGUAGUUUCGACCAGUGGAAAUGGAUCAACCCUCCCUGUUAACACCUCGGCCAAUGAAACUAGGCAGCACCGAGAUCUGAAUUUUGCCUACAACUCUCUGGAACGAGUCAAACGAGACGCUAAUGUUAGCCUUAGCAUGACUUCCACAUCACAACCUGUGCAGAAUUUUAACACAUCUCCUCAGUCCAACACCACUCAGUCCAGUACCACAAGCUCCACAUCCACACCUCCACCACCCCCCUCCACCAGCACGUUAGAACCACCAGUCAUUCGCUACAACUCUGACCAGGUGGAGGCUAUCUUCCUCCUCAUUCUGCUGGUCAUCAUCAUCGGAGAGUUCUUCAGCGCGCCCGCCGUCACAAUUGUGGACACGAUCACACUGCAGUAUCUUGGUCCACACCGUGACCGUUACGGCCUACAGAGGAUGUGGGGAUCACUAGGCUGGGGUCUGGCCAUGCUGUUUGUUGGCAUUUGGAUCGAUCACACACACGUUAUCUACGUCAUUGAUGGUGUAGUUGGGUGCGUUAUGCCCGACUAUAAAAACUACCAGAUCGCAUUCAUUGUUUUUGGUAUACUGAUGGCGAUGGCUCUCGUUGUAGCAACUCAGUUCCAGUUUGACAUUCGAAGGCUUGAUGAGUGUGGUGACAGUGAGAACCAUCAAGACACCCAGAGUGGAGGUUCUUCUUCCAGUAGAGCAGAGAGCUCAGACCACGCCAGUGGUCAGGAAUUUCGCUACCUGGAGCUGCUGAGACUUCUCUGCGGUGUACGCUAUAGCACGGUUCUAUUCGUGGCCUGGUUCAUGGGCUUUGGCUACGGGUUUGUGUUCACCUUCCUAUACUGGCACCUGGAGGACCUGAAUGGGACCCCAACAUUGUUCGGGGUGUGUUCGGUCCUGAGUCACGUGUCUGAGUUGGCUGCCUACUUCACCAGCCACAAACUAAUCGAGCUGGUGGGUCAUAUCAGGGUGCUGUACAUUGGGCUGGCGUGCAACACUGCCCGCUACCUUUACAUCUCCUACCUGCAGAACGCCUGGACCGUGCUGCCCAUGGAGGUGCUGCAAGGUGUGACUCAUGCAGCAGUCUGGGCAGCCUGUAUCUCCUACCUGAGUGCUGCCGUCCCUCCAGCCCUUCGCACUUCAGCUCAGGGAAUUCUACAGGGUCUCCAUCUCGGCCUGGGCAGGGGCUGUGGGGCCAUGGUGGGCGGCGUCUUCGCCAACUACUUUGGCACUGCAGAGACAUUCAGAGGGAUUGGGAUGGCCUCUCUGGUCAUUCUCCUGCUCUUUGCCUUCAUCCAGCAUGUCACAGAAAAGGAUGAGCACACGGAGGACAAGAUGCUUGCUGAGAACAUCCCAGUCCCCUCCAGUCCGGUUCCCAUAGCCACCAUCGACUUGGUCCAGAACCAGGAAACAGUGGCCCCAGCUGUUCGACCAGAGCCCAAAUUACCAGCGCGAAAGACACGACACCAGGAGGAGCAAGAGGACGUGAACAAACCGGCGUUUGCCCUCUCUGUGUCGCCAUGGGUUACCAUUGCUUUUGCCUUGGUUCAGAUCAAAGAGUUGAUCGUCUUAAUGAAGACACACCCACCUACUGAAGUCCAGCCUCUACAGGACGCAGAUGAGCCCUCUCCAGACUCCCAGGACGAGGACAUUCCCCCCAGGACUCCUGUGACUCUCGACCAAUUAGAGGGCUAACUCAUGCGGACUGUACUCCCUGCCGGACAGGGCAUCUCUGGAGACCUCAGCACCACAGCUGGCCUUAUCAGAGUCCACACGGGCCCUGAAUGACUCUCUCUGACUUUUCUACUAGAGCUGGAAUCCAUGAACUUGUUUCAUUGAACUUAAUUGUUAAUGAAUGUAUCUUUAUUUGUAUAGAUAUAGACUCUUUAGUGUAUCAUAAACUUGUUUUAAAAUAUGUUUUAAAUUAUUUUCUGGAUGUUUAGUUGAAUUAAUUUGUCUGGGAUCUGCCUCCAUUCUGUAUUUUGUUGUUGCACUAUUUUUAAACCAGUGUAGCAAACAGCA